AUGACCAAUUUCACAUCUCAUUAUAAUCCUCAUGCAUUUCAUAAUGAUGUAAAAAUUUCAUCUACAUGUACACCGAUCGUUAAUUUUAGCGCAAAUUUUCUUGAUCAUCGAUUUUUAUAUGAUAAUAAUCCCAAUUUUUUUAUUUUUAAUUCUGCAUCUAUCGAUGCCGCAAAUACAUCUAUCAUCCCAACAGCCUUAAUAUCUUUACCCACAUCACAAGCUCAAAUAUCUAUCCCCGAAUAUCUUAAUUAUGACUCCACAUAUAUUGCUGGAAAUUUGUCGGAUAUUACUUUUGAAGAUGUUUAA